CUUGGACGCUGCUUUGCGAGUCGGCGCUUUUUUGUUCACAAUGGAAAAUAUUAGUGGGUUCCAGCAGUAUUUCAAAUAGUUCUUGAAAAAUCUCAUCUGUUUGUGACAAUGGGUCUGAUGAGGGACGAUGACCAGCGUCGCAAAAGGGCCAGGGAGUCGAGAAAAAAUGGGCUGCACUAGAGGCAAAACUCAAGAAGGCGGCCGGUGUACGUGCGAAAUGAGAUCAGUACGUGGCUUCAACUAAGUAUAGGGUGAGAGGCCGCGUAAAAAUUCAAGAAGCAUUAAGAAAUCUAUGAUCAUCGCCUGUUGGGACCAAAUUUACUUAAAAAGUAUCGGAAUUCCAUCAAGACUGAUUCAACUCUCGGGCAAACAUGAACGCGCAACAAAAUCCGCAGCAGGUAUCACGCAAGGAGGCGCAGCUGCGGGAGCUCAGCAAGUUACACGCCCUCAGUCGGGACGUGCAGGUGCCGAAGUUGCAGAAGGGGGGCUACACCACAGCAGAUGUGGAGGCUUUCAAGGAAGCUAUCGAUACGCAUGUGGAGCACCACUGGGACACCGCCUACGCGUAUGAAACGUGACAAACACGGUGUAUCGAUGGUGUUAUUUUGUGUCUGAUGGGUGGUCCUUCUCCAUCGAUCUUUAGUGCCAACCUUUACCGAUACCCGCCAUGUGCAUGUAGUCAUGAUAAUUCAUUAUGCCAGCACUGAUUUACACUCGCGUCGCGUGGUUUCAUAAAAUGCGGCAAGAGCGACAAAUCGAGGCAAGAAGUCUAGCAAAGCCAAUGACUUCCGAUCAGAAAAGGAGAUUCGAGGCGGAGCUGGGACGACAGGAAGAGAAGUAGAAGCGCUUGUUUCGUCGCAAUUGUACCUCCUGAAUGCUACUACAUUGUAUGUACUUACUUCCUUACAUUGGUAAUUUCGUGGUGGUUUUAGUUUGCGGUGGCGCUACUGCUAGAUCCCAUCGAUUCAUCGAUCAAAAUUUUUCACAGGCUACUGCAGGCAGAAAUCGGCGGUUGGAGGACGGAUGAUUUUUCCGUGGUGAAGACUCUGGGACAGGGUGGGUUCGGUGUGGUGCGCCUGGUCCAGCACAAACAGUCCAAGGAAGUGUUCGCGAUGAAACAGAUGCAGAAGACGGCUUUCCCGAAGAAAAAUGAUCUGGCCCGCCUAAUGGCGGAGCGCAAGUGUCUUGUGGCACUCGGCGGGAGCGGGGGCCAGUACUUCGUGCAAUUAUACGCCUGCUUUGCGGACGAUCACCACUUGUUUAUGAUCAUGGAGUUUCUGCAGGUACUUGAUGAGACAUCAAAUUAAUAGGCGUGCUUUCGACGUAUGCUGUCCGCUCCUCCCCCAGAAGAGAGCACAUACGUUGGUUAUCUUUGUGCUUCCCGCAACAGCAGCGGCUCGUUGAACAAAAUCGUGUGAAUCUACCAAAUACAGAUUGGCACACACGAAAACGUUUUUCCCGUGAUCGUUUGGCGUUGUCCUACUCGAACUGUUGUUUUUAGUGUCUCAAGAGAAUUAUGGAUCCGUGAGCGAAAAAUCACCUACAGGGGGGUGAUUUGAUCAGUUUGCUGUGUGACAGAAAGCGUUUGUCGGAGGCAGAGACACGAUUCUACAUUGCGGAGCUGAUUGAGGCGCUGGGAUUCAUCCACGAGCUGGGGUUCGUGCACCGCGAUAUCAAGCCCGACAACAUCUGCUUUUCGAGACAAGGGCACUUGAAAUUGCUGGACUUCGGACUUUGCAAGGAGGUGGUCGAUCAUUACAAAGAGUCGGCGGAUUUUUUGAAGCAGCUCCCCUCGCAUCACGUAUUAUAGUGACCUUGUUGCUUUGACCUUGUGCUACGACUGUAGUGAUGUAAGGACCACACUAGUGUUCCUGAGAUAGGAGUAACACAGAAUCAAAAACAAAGUCAAGCGCCACGCGGGUGUGACUGAUGAUAAGUUUUGCUUUGGGAUGAACAGAGCAUCAUCGUACACACAAUUAUUAUGUUAUCUACGUACCUACCAGGUUAUGUACGAUGACAACGAUGAGAAGGUUACGGUUGGGGAGUACCUGCAUUCGCUGGAGCAGGACAAGCGGCGCCACUUGAACAGUUGGGUCGGAACACCACAGUACAUGGCACCAGAAAUUGUGAAUCGCGAAACAUUAUCCGCUGCAAAAUAUGGCAAUAGUUCAGGAAAAGAGCUGCAGGACAACUACUUUGGUCAUGUUCGCCUUUGUUUCCGGAAGGUUGGCUCGCUGAUGUUUUGUACCCUUCAUGACGAGUAGCACGGAUACACUUCAGAACCUAAAUUGCUGUGACUCAUGCACAGCUCUUCUGUUUUUAGCUUCAUCAUAGACAACCAAAUUUGCAAGUCACGCAACACAACUGCAUGCUCCCUGAAGUGGAAGCCGAAAUUACAAUGCAUUACCCUACACAAAGGCGGUGGACUUUUGGGCUGCUGGCGUCGUCAUGUAUGAUUGCCUGGUGGGCUCUACCCCGUUCAACCCACGCGUGGGCGAGGCAGAGCCGCCACAGAUCCAGAAGGCUGAUGCGGUACUUCGUGUACGAGUCUCUUCGCCUGUUUUGAUUUGAUCUUGUUGUUCUACAUAAUGGUUCAUCGAGGCUGCGUGGCUGUUUUGAAAUCUAUCUGCUGCUGGUUUCCGAGAUGAAAUUAUGCUUACGUGAGUGUGUGCUCACUACAAUCCAGUAACUUCCUAGUAGCGUCGAAUGACAAUAAGAAGUUUCGAUCGACGAUGAUGUGUCUCGUUCGUCAGGUGACCCGUGUGAUUUACAAGAUCCAAAAGUGGCAGCACUACUUCGGCAAAGCGGUCCAGCGGGGGCGACAGGCCGGCUAUCUGAAGGACCCGGCGGUUGAGCUUCUCAACAGUUUGGUCACACCGGUGCAGCAACGGCUCGCCUUCGCGCAGAUCAAGCAGCACAAGUUUUUCCAGAACCUGCAGUUCGGCAACCUCUACCAGCAGACGGCGCCGAUUAUUCCGAAGGUGAGUUCGACGCUGGACACCAGUAAGUUCCCGCAGCACAAGGAGACGCCACUGCCGCACUGGCAGAACCUGUCUCGCUAUCAACUGCAAAUAUGUAGUCUGGGUCUGGAAGAAGAAUGUAGACGUUUAUCAUACAGCUUGUGGACCUGCAAAUAGUUCUGGAAAGCACGCAGAGCCUGACAAGAUGCGCGGAGGCCUCUCCAUGCCUAGUCUCUGCAUGAGAAAUGCGCUCUUGGGGAGACAAAAAGUGCGCGCUUGUUGAUUUCUGACUACGCAAUACAGAGGGUUGUCUUUCUACUUCAGCCACAGCUGCAUCACAAGUUGCAGUGUUCCAGACGCAGACAUAGUUGCAAUGCACACUCGCACGAUGGACCGCAUCCGCUACGAAAACUUCGACUUCGUUUCCACCGUGAACACGGUCAAAACCCCGCCGCAGGUGGCGCAGGCCAUCCGCGCGGAACACCAGAUGCCCACCCUCCUGAGCUCCAAACCCGGAAACGCGCACGACGCCCACUCCGCUCAGAAGCGUAUAUUAUAGACAUAAACCAAUUUUUUCUUUGCCCGCUGUACACGGUGGAUCGAUACACAUGCUCAUGCAUGGUGUAGUAAUUAUCUGUGGGCCACGGCCACUAUCGAAUUCAAUUUAUCAAGCCCAGUUUGCAUGUUUGUUCUUGAGAAUCAAAAUCCACAAUCCUGUGAAUAUUCACAAUAUUCUGCAGCUACAAUUACGAACAAACUUCCGAACGCCGCUGCCCGCAACGGACACAACACGCGUCUUGUGCCGAAUGCCGCUAACCGCCGAUAAGAUCGCUUUCCAAGAAAGUAUAGACGGUGUGAGUCUUUUUACCAUGUAAAACAAAAAAGUCUACAUAAUUUCCAAUGUUUUUUCACUAGAAUUUGUUUCUUUGGUUUCACUUUUAAGUUGUGCCCAUCAAGAUUCGUCUCUGUUUCAAAAAAUGAAAUUUUCUCACAAAAGUUUUUGAACUGCAGACGCCGGAUGCUCGUGCCAGCAUAGUGCAUGUUCUAGAUUUUGUAUCCUUUGCUCUACAGACCCUGAACAUUCUUAUAUUCUCCAAUUGGUUUCAGUUUCACCGCUCGGACUACAGUCAUUCAAUUUUGGACAUACUACAUCAUCAACGCAUGAGCGUAUCAGAGCUUGCUCAGAUUUUUGCUUUUGGCGAAGCAUAGAGGCAAACGCAAAU